AUGUACGCCGUCUCCGACAUCCUCUCGCUCCUCCUCCUACUGCUCCUCGGCAUCAGCGGGGAGGGCCAGGCCUCGCCGGUGUCGCCCAGGCCGAACCACCUGGACGCCCGCCAGAGCACGCCGACCACGGGCAAGUACUGCAACCCGUCGACGUCCAUCUGCUACCUGGAGUACUCGUGGGGGCCGACCAUCCCCGUCUACCGCGUCGCCAUCCCGGACUCGGCCUCGUCCGGCGCCCCGUUCCAGACGCUGCUGCAGAUCGUAGCGCCCGCCUCGCUCGGCUGGGCCGGCUUCUCCUGGGGCGGCGGCAUGACGCUCAACCCGCUGACGGUGGUCUGGCCGAACGGCAACACGGGCGUGACCGUGUCGUCGCGGUGGGCGACCGGCCGCACCCAACCGGCACUCUACCCCUCAGCGACCUACCGCACGCUGUCAGCCUCGCGCAACGCGACGCACUGGACGGUCGAGACGGUCUGCACGGGCUGCAGCAAGUGGAGCGGCAGCGGCAGCGGCGGGCUCAACCCGUCGGGGGUCAACACGUUCGCGUGGGCCGUGUCCAAGACGGCGGUGGCGCAGCCGGCGAGCACGGCCAGCAGCUUCUCGAUCCACGACGACGUCGGCAUGUUCUCCGAGUCGCUGAGCCUGGGCAAGGUGCCCAAGGCCACGUUUGACGCGUACGUCAACGGCGGGAGGUAA